AGGGGCUCGAGUGGUCCCGCCGCCCUGGAUCACCUUCCCACGGGCUGGCACCCGGGUGCGAACGCCGUCCCGGAUACUGGCCGGCGGGAUCCGGCGCCCACCCCUGGGGGGGGCCUGGUGCCACGGCCCAGAGAGUGGGCCGGGGCUGCCGCGAGCUCCCAGGCCGGCCCCGGGGGCGGUGCCUGGCGGGCUGGUCCCGAGGGCUCCUCCCCUCGCCGCGGGCCCAGUCGCCCUUUGGCAGGGCCAGCUAAUCACCGCGGCCCAAUGACGUCGAGGCCCGAUCCUUCCCGCCCAGGACCCAGAGAGAGGACCGAGGGGGAGACCGUGGCGGCUUUAUUGCUGUCGCCGCCACCGCAGCAGCAGCAACAGCUCCCCGGCUCCACGGAGACACUAGCUCACCUCAGCUUUCCCCAGAGGCCGGCCCUCCGAGAGAACACCUAACAACAAUCCGCGCCCACAUCUGGGCUUGGCUGGCCAGAUAAUUUGUACCAGAAAGCUCGGGAACCGAGACCACUGAGGUCGUGGGGACCCAGAAUCCAGGGAAUAUGAGAACCGGAGUCCCAGCCUCGGAACAGACGAGCUGUGCCAAAGGGGGUCCACAUGCUUACUGCCCUGAAAAUACUGGAGGCACUGAGGCUGUGCAGGUUACAGACUGCCAGAACCCUGAAGACAGUCAACCCCAGAAUGAGCAGGGCUACAGCAAUCCGCAGGACUUUGGGCAGCUGAUGGCUUCCUAUGAGGGUAAAGCCAAGGGCUACCAGGUGCCUCCCUUUGGCUGGCGCAUCUGCCUGGCUCACGAGUUUGCAGAGAAGAGGAAACCCUUUAAUGCCAACAAUGUCUCGCUAAGCAACCUAAUGAAGCAUUUGGGCAUGGGCUUGAGGUACUUGCAGUGGUGGUACCGGAAGACCCAGGUGGAGAAGAAGACACCUUUCAUCGACCUCAUCAACUCUGUGCCCCUGAGACAGAUCUAUGGUUGUCCCUUGGGUGGCAUUGGGGGAGGCACUAUCACCCGAGGCUGGAGAGGCCAGUUCUGUCGUUGGCAGCUUAAUCCUGGAAUGUACCAGCACCAAACAGUCAUUGCUGAUCAAUUCACAGUGUGUUUGCGCCGGAAAGGGCAGACUGUGUACCAGCAAGUCCUGUCUGUGGAGCGCCCGAGUGUCCUGCAGAGCUGGAACUGGGGCCUGUGUGGGUACUUUGCAUUCUACCACGCCCUGUAUCCCCGAGCCUGGACUGUCUAUCAGCUUCCUGGCCAAAAUGUCACCCUCACCUGCCGCCAGAUCACACCCAUCUUGCCCCAUGACUACCAGGACAGCAGCCUGCCUGUAGGAGUCUUUGUGUGGGAUGUGGAAAAUGAAGGGGAUGAAGCCCUGGACGUGUCCAUCAUGUUCUCCAUGCGGAAUGGACUGGGGGGUGAAGACGAUGCCCCAGGGGGGUUGUGGAAUGAGCCCUUCUGUCUGGAGCGUGAUGGGGAGACUGUACAGGGGCUGCUUCUGCAUCAUCCAACCCCUCCAAAUCCCUACACGAUGGCUCUGGCUGCACGACUCACGGCAGAUACCAUGGUAACCCACCUCACAGCCUUUGACCCUGACAGCACUGGGCAGCAGGUGUGGCAGGAUCUACUUCAGGAUGGACAGCUGGACUCCCUCGCUGGCCAAAGCCUCCCCUCGCAGAAAGGAGUAGGCCUCGCUGGGGCAGUGUGUGUUAUGGGCAAGCUGCCACCUCGAGGCCAGUGCCGCUUGGAGUUCUCACUGGCUUGGGACAUGCCCAGAAUCAUGUUUGGAGCAAAGGGCCAGGUCUACUACAGGCGGUACACAAGGUUCUUUGGCCCAGAUGGUCAUGCAGCACCCACCCUUAGCCACUAUGCACUGUGCAGAUAUGCAGACUGGGAAGAGAGGAUCUCGGCUUGGCAGAGCCCGGUAUUGGAUGACAGAUCCUUGCCUGCCUGGUACAAAUCUGCGCUGUUCAAUGAACUAUACUUCCUGGCUGAUGGGGGCACAGUAUGGCUGGAAGUUCCUGAGGACUGCCUACGAGAGGAGACGGUGGGGAGCAUGUGUCAGCUCCGCCCCCUCCUACGAGAGUAUGGUCGAUUCGGCUACCUUGAAGGCCAGGAAUAUCGCAUGUACAACACAUAUGAUGUCCACUUUUACGCUUCCUUUGCCCUCGUCAUGCUCUGGCCCAAACUCGAGCUCAGCCUGCAGUAUGACAUGGCUCUGGCCACUCUCAGGGAGGAUCUGGCACAGCAACAGUACCUGAUGAGUGGGAUAAUAGCACCUGUGAAAAGGAGGAACGUUGUGCCUCAUGAUGUUGGGGAUCCAGAUGAUGAGCCAUGGCUCCGGGUCAAUGCAUAUGUGGUCCAUGAUACUGCGGACUGGAAGGACCUGAACCUGAAGUUUGUGCUGCAGGUUUAUCGGGACUAUUACCUGACGGGUGACCACUGCUUCCUGAGGGACAUGUGGCCUGUGUGUCUGGCUGUGAUGGAGUCUGAAAUGAAGUUUGACAAGGACCAAGAUGGACUCAUUGAGAAUGGAGGCUAUGCAGACCAAACCUAUGAUGGAUGGGUCACCACAGGCCCCAGUGCUUACUGUGGAGGACUGUGGCUGGCAGCUGUGGCUGUGAUGGUCAAGAUGGCUGCUCUGUGUGGGGCACAGGAGGUCCAGGAUAAAUUUUCUUCCAUCCUUAGCCGGGGCCAAGAAGCCUAUGAGAGACUGCUGUGGAAUGGCCGCUAUUACAACUAUGACUGCAGCUCUCAGCCUCAGUCCUAUAGCAUCAUGUCUGACCAGUGUGCUGGCCAGUGGUUCCUGAGGGCCAGUGGCCUAGGAGAAGGAGACAGUGAGGUAUUUCCUACCCCACAUGUGGUCCGUGCUCUCCAAACUAUCUUUGAAUUCAAUGUCCAGGGCUUUGCAGGAGGGGCCAUGGGGGCUGUGAAUGGAAUGCAGCCCCAUGGUGUUCCUGAUAGAUCCAGUGUCCAGUCUGAUGAAGUCUGGGUGGGUGUGGUCUACGGGCUGGCAGCCACCAUGAUCCAAGAGGGCCUGACUUGGGAGGGCUUCCGGACAGCUGAAGGCUGCUACCGUACUGUGUGGGAGCGCCUGGGCCUGGCCUUCCAGACGCCUGAGGCGUACUGCCAGCAGCAGGUGUUCCGCUCGCUGGCCUACAUGCGGCCGCUGAGCAUCUGGGCCAUGCAGCUGGCCCUGCAGCAGCAGCAGCAUAAAAAGGCCCCUGGGCCAAUCGCCAAACAGGACACGGGACUAAGCACCAGGCCCAAACUUGGACCAAAGGAAGCCGUGGCAAACCCAAGCCCAGAGUGCGCCUCGUGAACUGUGGAAGGAGGCGCUAACAGCCCAGCCUUCAGCCUGGCCCUUCCUCCUCCUCCACACCCACCCCCACUCUCCUGCAGCCCUGAGCCACCAGGACAAUCAUGCCCUCCCUUCUCCCCACCCAACCGCGCCAGUAAAGAGGGGUUGAGGGUGACCCAUGCAUCAGAAUCACUUAUUUAUUUCUUUCUUCACCCCAUCCCCUCACUGCAUGAAGUGUUCAAGGAGGUCAGUUGAUUCCCCCAGGCCCAUUCAUGGGGUGACAGACAUACAUGGGUACAAAUAAAAGACCCAGAAAGCCA